AUGAGCGGCACGCCCCUGCUCAGGCUCUCCAGCACCGAGUUCCACCCGCAAUGGGACAGGAAUCCUCCCACCGACGGGUGGGACAGGAUCUCCAGCUGCGGCGCCCAAUUCCGGACCAGGAGGCCCCGUCCGCUCCUCCCCGUGCGAUCCUCGAAUCCCUCCGGUAGCCACUCGUCCUUGAACUCACCCUUUAUGUCGAAGCCUAAGGGCGGGCGGACGACCCAGAUGAACGGCCGGCGGGUCGCCUCAAGGCCCGCCGCCAGAGCCAUCAUCUGCGGGGCAGAGACACUGUUCUGA